AGUUACCGGUUAAAACGCCGAGGGCCAGUCCCUCUCCUACGCGCCCGGGCGAACCAUCCCUUCCUUCACUCCCUCGGAUCCACAGCGGAAUUCCUCUGCGAUUCUUGCCGGUCGGAGAGAGGCUGAUCUCAGCGAUGGGGAAGGCGGCGGCGGUGGGCACGGCGGUGGUGGUGUGCGCGGCGGUGGGCACGGCGGUCGUGCUGGGCCGGCGCCGCCAGAAGCGGGCGGCGGAGCUGCACGGCGCCGCCGAGGCCGAGCGGAAGCGCAAGGUGGCGGACGUGAUCGAGGAGGUCGAGCGCGCGCUCUCCACGCCCACCGCCCUGCUCAGGAGCAUCUCCGACGCGCUCGUCGCCGAGAUGGAGCGCGGACUGCGCGGGGACAUCCACUCACAGCUCAAGAUGCUCAUCUCAUACGUCGACAACCUCCCCACCGGAGACGAGCAUGGGCUGUUUUAUGCGCUGGAUCUUGGAGGAACCAACUUCCGUGUACUCCGAGUCCAACUCGCAGGAAGGGAGAAACGUGUUGCCAAGCAACAGUCCGAGGAAGUCUCUAUCCCACCUCACCUCAUGGUUGGGACUUCCAUGGAACUGUUUGAUUUCAUUGCUGCUGCAUUGGCAAAAUUUGUGGAUACCGAAGGCAACGAUUUCCACCUCCCAGAGGGGAGGCAGAGAGAGCUGGGUUUCACCUUUUCCUUUCCAGUGAACCAAUUGUCGAUAUCAUCUGGAACGCUCAUCAAGUGGACAAAGGGUUUUUCGAUCAACGGCACGGUUGGUGAGGAUGUUGUGGCUGAGUUGAGCAAGGCCAUGGAGAGGCAGGGGUUGGAUAUGAAAGUUUCAGCAUUGGUUAAUGACACAGUCGGCACAUUGGCUGGUGGGAGAUAUGUGGAUAACGAUGUUGUUGCUGCUGUAAUUUUGGGCACUGGCACAAAUGCAGCAUAUGUUGAGCAUGCUAAUGCAAUUCCAAAAUGGACUGGAUUACUGCCUAAAUCCGGAAAUAUGGUAAUCAACACGGAAUGGGGAAGCUUUAAAUCAGACAAGCUUCCACUUUCAGAAUACGAUAAAGCUAUGGAUUUUGAAAGUCUGAAUCCUGGAGAACAGAUAUAUGAAAAGAUGAUUUCUGGCAUGUAUCUUGGAGAGAUUGUGCGAAGAAUCUUACUGAAACUGGCUCAUGAUGCUGCAUUGUUUGGAGAUGUUGUUCCACCUAAGUUGGAACAGCCGUUUGUACUGAGGACCCCGGAUAUGUCAGCCAUGCACCAUGAUGCAUCACAUGACCUUAAAGUUCUGGGAACUAAGCUAAAGGAUAUCGUUGGGGUUGCAGAUACUUCCCUGGAAGUAAGAUACAUUACUCGUCACAUAUGUGACAUUGUUGCUGAGCGCGGAGCACGCUUGGCCGCUGCUGGUAUAUAUGGCAUCCUGAAGAAGCUAGGCCGUGACAAAGUGCCAACUGAUGGCAGCACGAUGCCAAGGACCGUCGUUGCCUUGGAUGGUGGGCUCUAUGAACAUUACAAGAAGUUCAGCAGUUGCUUAGAAGCAACUCUUACAGAUCUCCUCGGGGAGGAAGCCUCUUCGUCGCUGGUUGCUAAGCUGGCCAACGACGGAUCUGGCAUCGGAGCCGCUCUCCUUGCGGCCUCGCACUCCCAGUAUGCGGAGGUCGACUAGUCUUUUGAUAACUGCCGUGAUGGACUGAACUCUUGAGUGUAGCCUCUCCUCUUCGUUUUCUCUUCAAAUCUUCCUAAUAUUCUGGGCUCCCCUGGUGGUGGAAUUUUACCUUCCUUCGGCUAUUCUGCAGACAUCUUUGCAGCGGGAUAAUAGCUAGUAUAGCGCCAAAGAGUUUGGAGGUUUAUCUAAUGGCAUGCAUAAACGUUUGGAUGGCAGGAACAAUGGAGAUGGAGGUUUGAACAAUGCCAUUCCUGUUCUGCCAGAUUCUUUUUCCCUUGUCUGGUGUUGUAAUCCAAGCAUUUUGUUGUUAAUCCUUUUGUAUUUUUCUCUUCCCAAUAAAGAUGGGGAUCGACAUAGUCCAAUUUAACCGUCUUUUGGCUGUGUUUA